AUGUAAUCUUAAUAUUUCAUUUUAUUUUAAAUUAUAUAUUUUUUUAAAGAAUUAUUUAAUAUUCUUUAUUAGUUCAAAACUUAAAUUAAUAUUGAUCAUUAAAAUGUAUUGUAAAAAGCCUAUUUGGUUUUUUAAAGUAUUCAUUUAUGUAGCUAAUAAUAUAUUUAUUCUCAUGCUUUGUCUAGUUUUGAUUUACUAUUGUUUUAUUCAAAUUUUCUUAUAAUUUCUCCUAUUUUUUCUUAACACUACUCCUAUCUUCGCUUUGGGAUCUUAUUCCUCCAGUUUUUUUGGUGCCACUUCUAUUUUACGAAGCUUAAUUAGCUAUUAUUUUAUUUUUUUGGCAUUUAGGUGUACCCUAAAUAACAUUUAUAUUUUUUACAUUCUUAUUAAUCAUUGGUGAAAUAUCGUUAUACUUUACUCUUUUUAAAGCUUAAAUUUAUUAGUUCUAUUACAUCUAUAGUGUAGAAAUUUGCUCAUUACCUAUCUGAUUAGCUUGGCAGUUAAAUCCAUUUAUAUUGA